UUUUGACAUCGCCACCUGCCAUGAUGAAGCGAGAAAUGAUGGAUGCCAUCCUGAUGCCUCUAUGGGCCACGGGUGUCUUGGCGGCAGUUCGAGCUGCGUACGAGUCUGCCUGGUUCCACAACAACGUGGUCGCUGUGUACGGAACGGAUGCAAUCUACCCGUCGUCAUUGGCGCUGGCCUUUGUCGUGUUUUGGACACAUUCCGCCAUCAUGAUGGUGAUAGAUUUCACCAAACCUGCGUGGGCCCAAAAGUACAAAGUGCAAGCGGACAAGUUUGUGUCGGGUGAAAUGACUUGGAAAGCCGUCAAAGUGGCCUUGUUCAAUCUGCUGGUUGUGUCCCUCCCCAUGUCGAUCAUCCUCUUCAAACUCGUCCUGCCAUGGCGAGGCGUGUCGCCGCAGAGUCCGCUUCCAUCGUGGGGAGCGGUCGUCGUUGAAUUCUGUACCUACAUCGUCGUCGAAGAAGUGCUCUUUUACUACUCCCAUCGGCUAUUCCACACCAAGCCUUUCUACGCCGCGUAUCACAAGAAACACCACGAGUUCACGGCGCCCGUGGGCGUGGCCGCCAUCUACUGCACCCCCAUGGAGAUGGCCCUGUCGAACGUGUUGCCUCUCAUGGCGGGACCGGCAAUGAUGGGCUCCCACGUCACAACGUCCACCGCGUGGUUUUGUGUGGCGCUGAUCAACACGGUGCAAACCCAUUCUGGCUACGACUUUCCCUUUAUGGCGUGCCCCAAAGCCCACGACUUUCACCAUGAAACGUUCAGCGAAAACUUUGGGUGCUUCUUCUUCAUGACGAGAUUUAUUCUUUGCUGACAACUCACGAUGGAGUUAGGGUGCUGGGGGUGCUCGAUGCAGUGCACCACACCAACACAAAGUACAUGGCGCGAAUGGCUGCCGACGAUCAAGCUCAGCGAUUGAAAAUGCAGCGCAAGGAAGCAUGAACUUAGCUCGACGGACUUCCGCCACCACUGAUAAGUAGCCCCUGAACUUCUAAAAGUUGUGGCAUGUCUUCUACUGUAUCCA